CUUAAGGAAGACGGACUGACCGUGGCUAUGGCGCCCUCGUUGUUGCAUUAGACCGCAUCCUUUGCGGCAUUUUGCAGUGCGGGUCUCCUCGGAGUACCUUGACAGCUUCUGCAAGCUCGCUCGCGUACUGGUAGAGUUUCUAAAAUAAAAAUUACAGUAUAUUUGCUGUGCGUUCAUACCGUGAAGAAAUUCGUCCGAAAAAGCUUAUUUCAGUUGGAUGCGGGUACUUGCAACUUGGAGGAGAGGAGAGGAGACGACGCUGAGAUCGGGGUCCGCACGACGGUGCUCUUGCAUUGAAUGAGUUGGUGCUGUUGAUCCUAGUUUGGUUGGAAGUGCUUUCGUCGAGAGUUCAGCUGGUUCUAGGGGUUGGCAUUGGAGUUGGACCAAGUUAGGGCACCGGGGUAGAGCCAUUAGAACGAGCGUGAAGGAUCGUUUCGCUUGAGUGACUGCUUUGGAAGCGGAGGUGUGGUGCCAGGGUUUUGAAGGGAAUGUGAAAGUGCAUGGCGUUGCUAGCUUUCUGAGGAAUUGAAUGUGGCAAUGAGCCGAUCUAUUGGAACCCCAGGCCUGGAGAUGGAAGGCGAGGGGAGAGAGCAAGCGAGGAGAAGCAGAGUGUCUCUGGCGUGCAUGGUGAAUUAUGAGGUCAGUGCUGUGCUGGCCGUGAUGCGUCGCAAUGCACGAUGGGCGGGUCGGUUUUCUGCAAGCGAUGAUCAGCUGGAACAUCCACUCAUCAGGUCUUUGAAGGGGCUUCGACGACUUGUGUUUACUUGGCGGCAGCCGUGGCCAUCCAUCGAUCCUUGUCUGUACCUCUCUCCCUUCCUGGAUGUAAUACGGUCGGAUGAGACCGGGGCACAGAUUACGGGUGUGGCACUCUCUGCAGUGUACAAGAUGGUUCACUUGAAUUUUUUUGAUUUAAACACGGCUCACGUGGACAUCGCAAUGCACACGGUUGUGGAUUCUGUAACGAGUUGUCGGUUUGAAGUCACCGACCCGGCUUCAGAGGAGGUUGUGUUAAUGAAGAUUUUGCAGGUAUUAUUAGCCUGCAUGAAAAGCGAGGCCGGGGCGUUGUUGAGUGAUCGUGAUGUUUGCAACAUUGUGAACACCACUUUCCGGGUGGUUCAUCAAGCUGGCAGCAAGGGGGAGCUCUUGCAGCGUACAGCUCGCUUCACAAUGCAUGAGCUUGUCCGAGCUGUCUUUUCUCAUUUGCCUACCCUUAAACCAACGAACCUGACGAUUGGUGUUACUCCCCUCAGCACGGAAAUUAGCUCCAAUCCUGGAAAUGUCGCUGACCAGUCUGGAUCAGAAGAGGGAAAUAGCUUCAGUGGUCCAGUACAGACAGAUGAAAACCCUUUCAGGGACGGUAGUUUGGACGUUGCAGACGCUGGACGAGCUUUGAAGAUCAGUGAUAAAUCCUCCGAAGAGGAUACCAUUGUACUUCCUCCUCUGGAUGGAAAGGAUGGAGGCGGUCAUGCUGCCAUUGGGACCGUCGGUAGCGCUGAGGAUUCCAAUUUUGCAGCUUAUGGUGUUCCAUGCAUGGUCGAGAUUUUCAGUUUCUUAUGCUCGCUUCUUAAUAUCGCGGAUCCCCAAGGCCUUGGCCAGCUUGUAUUAGCCAGUGAUGAGGAUUCUCCACAAUUUGCCCUGAUGCUGAUUAAUUCCGCACUUGAGCUGGGAGGCGAGGCCUUCAGGAACCACCCUAAGUUAUUAGCCCUUAUCCAGGAUGAACUCUUCAGGAAUUUGAUGGAGAUUGGACUUUCGCAGAACCCAUUAGUGCUGUCGUUGGUUUUUGGAGUCGUUUUAAACCUGUACCAUCAUCUCCGGGUGCUAAUGAAGCUUCAGUUAGAGGCUUUCUUCUCCUUCGUUUUGAUCCGUCUUGCAUCAGGCAAGUAUGGGGCUACGUACCAGCAGCAAGAAGUUGCUCUGGAGGCUCUUGUUGACUUUUGCAGGCAGCCUACAUUCAUGCCUGAAAUGUAUGCUAAUUUUGACUGUGAUACCUCCCUAAGCAACACAUUCGAAGAUCUAGUAAAUCUGCUUUCAAAGAAUGCCUUUCCGGUGAACUGCCCCCUAUCAGCUAUGCAUGUACUAGCACUAGAAGGUUUGCUUGCCGUGGCACAAAGUAUGGCAGACAGGGUUGAUACUGCAGUUCCUGCAUUUGCAUCAAGUACUUCGCCAAGUAACCUGGCUGGUGAUAACCCGGAAUAUGUUCCAUUCUGGACAUUGAAAUGUGAAAAUUAUGAUGAUCCCUUGAGUUGGGUUCAAUUUGUGAAACAUCAAAAAUACAUUAAAGGCCGGCUUAUGGUGGGUGCUGAUCACUUCAAUCGAGAUCCUAAGAAGGGCCUUGAGUUUUUACAAGGGAUGCAAUUGCUUCCUUCUGAGCCAGACCCUAAAAGCUUGGCUUGUUUCAUCAGGUAUUGCACAGGAUUAAACAAGAGCGUAAUUGGAGAUUAUCUUGGAAACCCUGAUGAGUUUUGUCUCCGAGUCUUAGAUGAAUUUGCCCAAACUUUUGAUUUCAGUAACAUGGGUAUAGAUGCGGCUUUGCGUGUUUUCUUGGAGGGUUUUCGAUUGCCCGGUGAAGCACAGAAGAUCCAUAGAAUAGUGGAAGCCUUUGCGGAUAGGUAUUAUCAGCAAUCCAAGGGUAUUCUUGCCAGCAAGGAUGCGGCUUUUGUUCUAUCUUACUCAGUCAUCAUGUUGAACACCGAUCAACAUAACAAGCAGGUUCGGAAGAAAAUGACAGAGGACGAUUUUAUUAAGAAUUUGCGAAAGAUUAAUGACGGACAGGACUUGCCACGAUCUAUGCUGUCUGAAUUGUAUCACUCAAUUGUGCGAGAUGAAAUUCGCAUUUCAUAUGAUAGUGGGGCUGGUGUUGCGGAAAUGACUCACAGUCGGUGGAUCGAUCUGAUUCGUCGAUCAAUGAUUACUACACCGUACAUUACUUGUGAUGAGCGGCCUCUUUUAGAUUAUGACAUGUUUCCCGUCUUGUCUGGUCCUUCCAUUGCCGCCAUUUCGGUUGUGUUUGAUCAUGCCGAGGAUGAAGAGGUUAUGCAAUUAUGUAUCGACGGCUUCCUUGCAGCAGCCAAAAUAUCUGCUAGUCAUCGCCUGGAGGAUGUGGUGGAUGAUCUUGUAGUUUCUCUCUGCAAGUUCACAACUUUACUUAAUCCUUUUUCUUCUGAUGAGGAACCUGUUAUCGCAUUUGGGGAUGAUAAGAAAGCGCGGAUGGCAACUGUUGCAGUGUUCGAUAUUGCCAAUAAAUAUGGGGAUUUUAUCAGGACAGGUUGGCGAAACAUUUUAGACUGCAUUUUGCGGCUGCAGAAAUUGGGGCUCUUGCCUGCUCGAGUUGCUAACGAAUCAGUAGAGGACACUGAUGCUCGAGGCGACUCCACAUCAAGCAAACUUGCUGGAUCCUCGUCGACAGUGGCUCCAAUGCCUGAUCUUAUUCGUCAUCGACGUCGCAACACCGGCUUAAUGUCGAGGUUCAGUCAGUUGCUCUCGUUGGAGUCUGAUGAACCACCCUCAGCCCCUACUGAAGAAGAGCUGGCUGCUCAGCAGCGCGCACUACAAUGCGUUGAAUCUUGUCGCAUAGACCAGAUAUUUACUGACAGCAAGUUUUUGCAAGCUGAGUCACUGUUACAAUUAGCGAGAGCGUUUGUAUGGGCCGCUGGGAGGCCUCACAGGAGUGGAAGUUCUACAGAGGAUGAGGAUACAGCAGUCUUUUGCUUAGAACUCCUUAUUACUGUCACCCUCAAUAAUCGAGACCGCAUCAUGCUUCUGUGGCAAGGGGUUUAUGAACAUAUGGCCGGCAUUAUUCAGACGUCAGUCUUCCCGGGUUUAUUGGUUGAGAAGGCUGUUUUUGGGUUACUUGGAGUAUGUCAGCGUCUACUGCCUUAUAAGGAAGAUUUGGCGGAAGAGCUCCUCAGAUCAUUGCAGCUCAUUUUGAAGCUUGAUGCUCGGGUUGCAGACGCAUUUUGUGAACGAAUCACCCAGGAAGUAAUGGUCUUAGUACGGGCAAAUGCAGCACAUAUCAAGUCAACUAUAGGCUGGCGAACUGUAACAUCCCUUCUGUCCAUAACAGCUCGGCACCCAGAAGCCUCUGAGCCAGGAUUUGAGGCUCUUACGUAUGUUAUGCAGGACGGGGCUCAUUUGUCUCCUGCAAAUUAUGUUCUCUGUGUAGAUGCAGCACGUGCAUUUGCAGAGGCCCGUGUUGGAGGACCAGGUCGGUCAGUGCGCGCGUUGGAUCUGCUCUCAGAUUCAGUGGGUUGCCUUACCACGUGGUCUAAAGUUCACUCCGAGAGUGCUGAUGCUUCAAGUGGUGAAAAUGUUGAAGAACCUUCCAGAUAUACUCAGGAGUUAACGGAGAUGUGGUUGCGUUUGGCGCAAGGGUUGAGGAAAUUAUGCUUAGAACAGAGGGAAGAAGUGCGAAAUCAUGCCAUCCUUUGUCUACAGGGCUGUCUUUCUGCAGCAGAGAUUCUCAAUUUGACUCCAGUAUUGUGGGCUCAAUCUUUUAAGCAGGUAGUGUUGAAUCUACUGGAUGAGUUACUGGAGCUUGCUGUCAGGCACUCAAAGGAAUAUAAAGGCAUGGAGGACACACUCGUCUUAUCAAUCAAGUUCCUUUCGAAGUCUUACUUACAGUUCCUUCCCCAGCUUGUUAACUUACCUUCUUUCGAAUCAUCGUGGUUUCAAGUUUUGAACCAUAUGGAGAUAUUCAUUAAGACAAAAUUUCGCGGCAAACGUAGUGAAAAGUUGCAGGAGCUUAUACCUGAGCUGCUUCGAAAUAUUUUGCAGGUAAUGCAUUCUCAAGGAAUCCUGGUGCAGCCAACUUCACCAAGCCAGGAUAGUAUGUGGGAUUUGACCUGGAAACAUGUAGGUAGCAUAGUUCCUACUUUGAAACCAGAUAUAUUAAAGGAAAAUAGACCAGAAGUAAAGGAUGGAGAGUCUGCAGUAUCGCAAGAACAAACGCCUUCUGCAUCAAUUCCGUGUGAUGUGGAGUCUGAAUAUACGAUUGUUGAGAAGGUGGACAGCGUUAGCACGGGAGAUCAAGGAUGAUCGUGAGAAUCUUUCACUCAUCUUGGUGUAUUUUUGUCAUGAUGUCGUGGUUUGAUCUGUAUUGUUCAAUUUUGGGAUUGCCGAUAUGAAUGUCGGCUCAAUUGAAUUGUUAGUUUUCUGAAGAUGGCUUUCUACGCUAUCGUCAAUUCCUUCUGAUCUUAUUCGUAGAGGAUUAUGAAGAGAAGAUAAUUUGAGUUUAGAUUGGAAUCCUGGUAUUGAUUGCUCAACGGCUUCGCUUUGCAUCUGCGGUUCCAAAUAUUCUUUAGGGUCUUUCCAAGUUGUGCAUGCACACUAACCACUCUUAUCACAUGAAGGACUGCACUGCAGUGCGAAUGAGGGCUUGAACCGAGAACUUUUGUAGUUGUACAUUUGCCUCUAAAGGAAUCCCCAUUCACAAGCUGAAGAUUUUUACUUUUCUAAUUUCUUUUCCUUGUUUCACUUGAGAAUAACCCCAUCAUUUCGCCUCCGUUUAGCAGUCUUCUGCAGCUUUAUUAGAAGUUUUAUAUUUCAAUUUGUUUCUGAAAACUGGAGUCAAAUCUAUUGGUGAACCUCGUGUUAUUUUCAUCAUCGCCAAUUUUUUCAGAAUUGAUCUUUCCAAUUAUUGGUCGUUAAAAAUUCCUUCA